AUGGACGCGGAGAAGGAGGCGGCGGCUUGCGUGGAGGGCAGCGGCAGGAUCAGGAAGGGGCGGGUGAUCGGGACCAGCCGCGGGGCGUCGAGGUCCUCGCCGCCCCGGAGAAGCCGCACCUCGAGGGCCGCGCCCGUCGGGCCUCCGCUUCUCCUGGCCCGGAGGUCGCGUCCCGGCCGCCCCUCACUCGUCCCUCCGGCCCUGGCGGCGGUGAGUAAGCCCAGCCUCCGCUGUCUGCCGGGGACUGAGGGACGAGGUGGUGGCGGCUCUCAGAGGCCCGGCGAGAGCAGGGCUGCCCUGGCUACUAUGGGGAUUAGCACCCUCCGCGGCCGCAGACUGGCCUCCAUCACCGCCAACCUGCCCUGGCCGCCAUGUUGGGAGGAAACGACGCGUCACGCAGCGGCCAAACGGCUGCAGAGGAGGAAGCGGCGGCGGCGGCGGCGGCGGCGGCGCUGCCUGCCCAGAGCUGCCGCGGCGCCGGGAGGCUGGGGGCGGAGGGCGGUGCGGGAGGAGCGGCCCGAGCCGCAGCGCUACGGCGGCCCGGCGGGGCCUCCCGCGUUCGCUUGCAGGGAGGUGUGCGGCGUGACGGGCGUCCUGUGGCGCCGCGCCCAGCACUUCGGGCUGUUGACUGCUGCCGGGCUGCGGGACCAAGGAUCCCCCCCACUCGGCACCCCUGCUCCUGCCGAGUGAACAGGACUCCUGGCUACUCUGCACCGGCGUCUCUAACUUUCUGAUGGAAGUGCAGUCCUUUGCCUUCCAGGGAUCACGGGAACACCCGCACCGCCAGUUUUCAGCCGCACUGGGUCUCCGCCUGCAGUGCUCGACUCUAAAAUUUCCUUCCCCUGUGUGCGGAACUGCUCUCCAGGACUGUGCUCUCCAGCUACCUCAGGGAGGAUUCUCUUUUGGGAAAAGUAAGCUAAAAUCUAUUGAUAAGAGUUCAAAAAUGUUUCACGUUUUUCUCUCUCAGGCGGAUAAAUCGAUAAACGGCGGAUAAAAAAUAGAUUUUAGGUCCCUUCUGAAUUGACUCAGUUAAGGUGAAUGCUUGUGAAUAAGGUCCCUUAGAUCCCUGUGUUUCUGUGCUCUUAAUACUAAGAUUUAGUCCAGGACAAGUAAACCAGUUUUAGAAUGGGAAAGCUAAGUACAAACAGAUUAACACACGUGACCAUGUGUUUGCUCUAGUCUGAAUGUAGAAUUCAAAUUUCUGCAGUAUUUAAUUUCUACAGUUUCCUUCUGAGCAGAAAAUUAUAAAGAAUACCAUAAAAAUAUAUGCAAACAAUGUAUAUGGUGAUCUAGGGUCACAUCUCCAAGUUCCAAACUGCUGUGGCUCCAUCCACAUGGGUUCCCUUAUGUUUAGUAUACAUCUGUCACUGUUCUGUUUUAUUAGAUUGCCUUAACUAUGAGCUUGUCCUCACGCAACCAUCCAAACCUAAGGAAGGAGAAACUUAAGUGACUUGGUGAACUUAGUGAAGUGACCAGAUAUGGGAAGACUAAAACCCAGAGGAAAUAAAAUGGAAAACUUGAAGGUGACAAAUUAAAGUGGAAAAUACAUUAAUUUUUUAAACUUUAUUGUCCUGAGAAACAAAUCUAUAAAUUCACUAAUUUUAUUUUAGAGACCACCUCUAGAAUCCUGGAAAUGAAGGAUUCAUUAUACUCUUAGAUCAGAUAUAAUACUGAUUUCUGUGUAUACAUUAAUAAACUUUUGUAGAACAAGUUCCAUUACAUUUUUUUCUUCCCUUCUUUCACAGGUGUUGCUCCAUUUCUAACUGAUCUUUGUUUCUUCAUAAUGGAAUGUUGUGCCAGGUAUUGUUGAAGUGACAUCCACUCCACCUUGAAACCCUGGAGCCAUUUCUACAAGGUUCAUUACUCCACUUCAUUAAGCAACAGGUCCUGCUAGCUAAAAUCUUAAAAAAAACAAAACAGUAGCAGCAAUCGACAGUUUUAGCAACCCUUCCUAACUCCAGUCUAUGACAUGCCCAUGAACUUUCCACAUUAAAAGGAUGUGAUAGGGUGGAAAAUUCUAACCUUUUCAGAACCUUGGGACUCUAUAAAAAUUCAUGGUGGUAGAAGAAGCUAGAGAAGAAACCCAUAAUAUGUAACUUAAUAUAUGUGUAUGUUUUGUGUGUACACAUUGGCCUGCCUACCUGCCUGUUACAAAGCAUAACAUCCUACAUUCCAUGGAGAUGCAUCUCACAGGAGAAUAAGACAAAGUAACAGUCCUCAAAAAGCUGACAGCAGAGGCAGAAGGAGGAUGCAAACACAUAAAGCAGUAACUAAUUAUGAAGCAGGAUGAACUAAAUGAUAACAAAGGGGCAACAGUGAUGUGUGGCGAGUCCCGACUGAGGGGAGGUUUUAUAUGGCAGCACCAAGUACAGAACAGAUUCCAGGUUCAAACACACACACAACCGGAAGAUGAGAAAGCUUAAGACUCAAAAUGGAAGGGAUUAGAUAAUGUAAUAUAUAUAAAAGUCCUGGCAGGUGGCUUCACUUAUUGUCGUAAAAAGCAGUUGGCUCCGGGUGCGGUGGCUCACGCCUGUAAUCCCAGCAUUUUGGGAGGCCGAGGUGGGUGGAUCAUGAGGUCAAGAGAUCAAGACCAUCCGGGCCAACAUAGUGAAACCCCGUCUCCAUAAAAUACAAAAAUUAGCUGGGCAUGGUGGUGUGCACCUGUAGUCCUAGCUACUCAGGAGGCUGAGGCAGGAGAAUCGCUUGAACCCGGGAGGCAGAGGUGGCAGUGAGCUGAGAUCGCACUAUUGCACUCCAGCCUGGCGCCUGGUGACAGAGUGAGACUCUGUCUCAAAAAAAAAAAAAAAAGCAGUGGACAUUUGAUUUGAGCUCUGAAGUAUAAAAGAAUGUUAAGUGGGGAGAAGGCUGUUCCAAGAUGAGGGAACAAGGUAGAGACAGAGUUGAAAGUUUAAGUCUUAGAGUAAGGUGGAGAAUGGCGAGUUGACGGUGUGCUAGGAAACAGUGCCUGGAGAGAGAAAACAGGAGUCUGAAAGUUAUGCUGGACAAAGCACCAGGAACUUUGUGUAACAGACUGCGGAGUUGGGAGGAAGUGAAGAAAAAGUUGGUUAUUCAACCUUUGCAUUCAGACACAUCACGGCCACCUUCUCUUUAGUCCAUCUGAGCUGGUCAGAAAUAACCAAAGGAGAAUAAGGAAAUCAACAUGUUGCAAGAACAAGGACAUCUCUGUAGCAGUGCAGUGUCCUAAUUGUGACAAAUUGUGGAACAGUUCACCUCUACUCACCCAGACCCCUCUCCUAUCAGUACCAUCACCUCUUUCACCAGCCCCCACAGUAUUAACUCCGCUUCCACUCUGUCCGACAUCACCCCUCAACCCUUCAGCUCCGCCUCUUUGGUCUGGACUAGCAGCAGCCCCUACUGCCAGAACGACACCACAGCCACCCAGCAUGGCAGAGCAAGCUGGCGCAGGGAAAGUGUGCUGGGAAGUGAGCAGCUGCACACUGUCCCACCACGGAAUGCCAUCCUCUGCCAAUUAAGGAAUUCCAUGGAAAAGAUCCAUGUCAGUGGACACAUCCAGAUGGUGCCUGGUACUCUGCAGGUCCUCAACAAUGUUCCAUUAAAUUGGGGCUUAAUUGUUUGUGAGCUCUUGAUUACAAUAAGUCAAAUUUCUCAAUAAAUGGAG